CUCGGUUCCGGGAGACCCUCCUGAUCGGCCUGCCGUCCCGGGGCCAUGAAGAAGGCCGUCCACAAAAGCGUUAAAGAAAGACAAAUCGGCCUCAAGGUCAAGCCAUCUGUACACAACUUGAGCAAAACUGAGCAGACCGAACUCACUGUGGGCAGCCUGGGAUUAGGCCUGAUCAUCAUCCAGCAUGGGCCCUACCUUCAGAUCACCCACCUCAUUAAGAAGGCGUCUGCAGCCAGGGAUGGAAAACUCCAGCCAGGUGAUGUUUUGAUUAGUGUUGGCUAUGCCAAUGUGUUAGGAUAUACUCUUCGAGAAUUUUUAAAGCUUUUGCAACAUAUCACCAUAGGAACAGUGCUACAAAUCAAGGUUUACCGAGAUUUUAUUGACAUACCCCAAGAAUGGCAAGAAAUAUAUGACUUAAUCCCUGAGACCAAAUUCCCAAUUACACGCAUAACAAAGAAAACUGAGGAGGCAAAAGAGGGCUCUUUCACAAGCAGUGAUGACGAUGAAGAUGCAGUUUUAGAUCAAAGAUUUAAGUACUAUAAAUAUCCGCGGUCCACUGGGCAUUACCCUGCAAGGAGACCAAUGUCUAUCUCCAGAGAAUGGCAUGGAUAUAAAAAGAAGAACUGUACUAUUAGUGUAGGAAAAGACAUUAACUGUGACGUGAUGAUUCACAGAGACCACAAGAAAGAAGUGAGAAGCCCUUCUCCAUACUGGACAAUGGUGAAGCAAGACAAUGAAAGCUCCUCCUCCUCCUCGGCCUCCUCUACCUCAGAUGCAUUUUGGCUUGAAGACUAUGCCCAUGUUGAAAAGGGCAAGAGUGAAUCUGUAUCAAAAGUUGGUUAGGCAGCAGUUUGCAAAUCUGUGACCACAGGAGCAUUUGUCUUGAAAACACCCAUUUUUUUUGCAUUGCCAUGUAUACGUUUGCUAUACUUACAGGAAUAU